AUGAAUUAAAAUUUUUUCGACAAUGCUAACCAAAAAUAAGUAUUUGUAUUAUAUUUAUCAAUUUUAGCAACUUUAUAAAGCAUUAUCAAAAUACAAUGGUCCUACUACAUCAACUCCAAGUAUAUUGUCAGAAUAUUUAUCAUCUGCAAAAACAUAAACAUCACAUAAUAAAAACAACUCUAAUAAAGUGAAGCCAUUACUAAGUCCAUAAAAUAUUACUAAACCUAUCUAAAAUGAUUCAUUAAGAAUUAAAACUUCGACUCUUCACUUUCCUUAAAAACAACCGGUUUCCCAUCAUAUCAAAAGUCUUUCCUCAGAUAUUAAAUUGCAACCACAACCUCCUAUGAGAAGAAGAGGAAGAUAAGAAAGAAUGAUAUUUUAAUCAGAUUCAUAACAAGCUCCAUUCUUAAUUAUAUAAAAUAAAGUAAGAGAUUCAAGAAGAUUUGAUACUUUAAGAAAGAGUACCUUACCUUCAUUGCAAUUAGAAUCAUAAAAAAGUAUCCAAAAUACAACUCCUAGAAUAACAGAUAUCCCUUUAGUACCUAUUUAAUAAGUAACAGAAAUUUAAGAUUCAAAAAGCCAACUUUAUUAAGAAGCAGAUAAAAUAUAUAUGGAUUAAGUAAAUAAUUUAGAUGAUAAUCAAUUUUUAAAUGAAGACAAAAAAGCAUCUGAUCUUUUCAAUAUUUUAAAACGAAAGUAUAGUAUUACUGAGGCAAAUGAUAUAAAUGACCCAUAAAUACUAAAUGAAAAUCAAGAAGAUAUCAUUUAAACUGAAAAAGAGGUUAAUAUAGAUGAUGAUGAAAUUUAAUCAUCAAAAGCAAUGAAAAAACUAAGUGUUAAGAUGAAAUUUAAGAAUGCUGUUUCCCAAUAAGUUUAGAAUAUGUUUAAAAAUAGAGAAGUAAUAUUUUUAUUAAAAAUAGUUAAAAUCAUUAUUUACAGUCAUUAUUUCACCUGAAUUUAGUUCAAAACAUGAAGAGGAAAGGUAAAAAAUUAGUGAUUAAUAUGAAUAAGGUAAUUUUAUUUUAGCUAAAAAUUUGAAAACAAUCAACAAAGAUAAUAUUGAAUCAAGAUAAACUAUGAAAUGCAUCAAAGAUAAAUAUAAUAUUAGACAUAAUCAUAAAAUAAACACUAUUAUUUAAAAUCAAUUAUAAAAAUUAAAUACAACAAAUAAAGCUUUUUAAAGAAAAAUAUCAAUGAUUAAGGGUACUUAAUGGACAACUAAAGAAUGUGAUUAACCAUAAUAAUAAUAAUUCUCCUUAUUGAACAAAUUUAAAAAAUAAUCUGUAAACUCAAAUCAUAUUGGUUAAGGACAAGCAUUAUAAAAUAAUUUUGAUUAAAUUUUACCCAAUUUAAUGGAUGAUGCUAAUAAAAUAACUAUUACUAUUACUAAUACUAUAUUGUAAAAUACAAUUUUGGAAUUUAAUAAACCUAAAUUUGUUGUUCAUAUGGAAACUAUUAUAGAUGAAUAAGUAAUUCAACCUAUUUCACCACCUAGAAAAGCUAUCUAACAUUCCUCUUCAUUACAUUCAUCUUUUAAAUUUCAAAAAAUAUAAAAUUCAGCUUCUUAAUCUGUUAUUAUUAAUAAAGAUCAUAUUUCAAAUCAUAAUGUAUAUAAUAGCAUUUUAAAUACAAAUACUAUUGAAGAUAAUAGUAAUUUAGAUUUUAAUUAAGAAUAUUCUAAAGUAAGAAUAUUAAAUUUAUAAUUAGUCAAAUUUAUAUGUGAGACUCUAUUAUCAAAAUAGAUUACAUAAAAUACCAUAAAAGAUAUCUUAUACUUAGCACAAUUUAAAAGAGAUUGAAGAUAUAUUUUAUUAAUAUAUCUCAAUGAUAACUGGUUCUUAAAUGUAAAUCUUGUUUUUAGGAUUAGUUCUUUUUAAACAAGCCAGCAGCAUUUUACAAAAUAAGUUAAAAGCAUUGAAAAAUCAAAUUUAGUUUAAGAAUCACAAAUAUUUUUUGAGAAAUAUGAUAUUCCUUAGAUAAGAAAGUAGUUCUCAUUUGAUUUUGAAAAUUCAAUUAGUUUAAUAUCUAGUUAAUCAGAUUAGAGUAAUUCAUUUGAUCAAAUUUUAGAAGAACCAAAUAAUAGUAAUUGAUUUUAUAAAACUAGAUUAGGACUUUAAGUUGAUGAAAGACAUGAAAGUAAAAUGAAAAACAUAAUACAAUCAAUGAAAAAUUUAAGUGAUGAUUCUGAAUCAUAAAUCUUUGUUGAAGAUGUUGUUAACAAUCAAAAAUGUAAAUUUAAAAUAUUUAAAAUUUAGAAAUUUCAACUGGAUUAUUAAAUACAAUUAAAAAAGUGAAAAAUAAAUUUCAUUUUCCUUUAAAUAUAUAAGUCAUAAUGAGUGUCUUAGAUUAAAGUACAAAAAAUGAUUUAUUAACAUUUUAAAUGAUGGAAUAAUCUGAAGAACAAAUUCAAUAACUUAUUCAUGGAGAUUGUGAUACUAAUGCAUUAACUAAUUUAGACUCAUUUUAUUAAUAAUAAGAUCUAAGAAAUAUGAUAUUGAAUGGAAUUGAAAUAAGAUAUGAAAAUAUACUCAUUGGAAGAUAUUAAGGUUAAUAAAGAAUGAUUGAUCCAGAACAUUCUGAUCUUGUUUAAUCAACUAUUCUUGAAGCCCCAUAAUAACAUAUUUCUUCAUCUUAACAAUCUCAAUAAUCUCAAUAAUCUUCAGAAUACUAAUAGCUUCAAAAAUAAAAAUUAAUCAGUCUCAAAUAAUAAGGAAGAAGUAGAAAUUUAUAAAGAGAUAGUUUAACUGUCAUUAUAAAACCUAAACUCAAUUCCAAACAUACUGUCAAUUCACCUGAUGUAACUAAUGUUCAUAGUAAACCAACAUCAUAAUAUACAAAUCAAUUAACUUAUAAUAUCUUUACUCAGGCUUCAACAUAAUAUCUUACCAAGCCUACUAAUCAAUCAUAAUAAUCUGUCAAAGUUUCAAGUGUUUAAAACUUAGAAGAAAAUUUAUCAUAAUUAGAAAUGAGUCCAUAAUCAUCCUUAAAAUCUAUCAAAUCUAAAUCAGCUAUAGAUUCCUCAAAUAUUAUAUCUUAAACAAAUCCUCCUAAAAUUAAAAAAAGUUAAAAAAUUAAAGAUUUAGUCAAAGUUGCUAAAGAAAAAUUGAGCCAUCCUCAUCCUCUUGAGCAUAUUGAACUUAAGGAUGAAAUAAUUACAUCAAAAAAAUAAUAAUUAUAUAAUGUAUCAUUACUUUAAUAACCAAUUCUAGAAAAUAAAGUAUAUCAUAUUAAUUAAUAUUAGACUUUGAGUAUGUUUUCAUAUUCUUUAAGAAUGAGAAAUCAAGCUCUUGGCCAUAAUCGAAGAUAAAACCUCGAUCAAUUUAAAAUAUUAGAAUAACUUAUUUAUGAUAAUGAUUUUUAAGAAGUAAUUUUAGAAUUAGAAAUAGUUUUUUGAACAUUUGUAAUAGGUCCCAUAAAUGUAUAUAGACCGAAGAUUAUAGAACAAUGAUACUUUAUUGAUUUUGGCUUCCAAAAGUGGAUGUAAAGAUAUGGUUAAAGAACUCAUUAAGAAGGGAGCAGAUAUUAACAUUUAAAAUGUAUUUUUUUACUUAAGCAGGAUGAUGGAAAUACGGCUGUCCAUCUAGCUCUUUCGUAUGGCCACUAUAAAAUUGCAGACAUACUCAUUAGAGCCGGAGCCAACACUAAUAUUCUAAAUAAUAUUGGUAAAAAUGCUUGGAGUAUAUUAUGA